AUGUCUGCCCCUAACGUCGACAAGCCUAACGAGGGUAUCGUUGGCCAGAUCUCCAACUCCAUUGCCAACGCCGCCAACUACGUCUCCGAGACUAUCCAGGGCAACACCGCUGAGGCUUCCAAGGAGGCCAACAAGCAGCAGGCCAAGGGUAACACCGCCGACGACUCCAUCUCCGGCCGUGUCUCUGGUGCCAUGGGCGCUGCCUCCGACAAGAUCGACCAGCACUCCCACGAGGCCCAGGCCAAGGCCAACAAGGAGUCCAUCUAA